UCGUGUCCUGUUCAACCAUCGAAGUAGGCCUGUUGUACUCAUCACUGUGAAAGUGGUUUGAUACUAGAAAACCUUAAAUCACUUUAGAAAUCAUAAUUAAUGCUUAAAACCAUUGUUAUUCUAAUAACAUACUUGUUUUAUUUCUAAAAGAGCAGUAGAUAAAAGUUUUUCUUGAACAAUUAAAUCCAAAAAUAUUUAACAGAAAUAAAGAAAUGCUGGCCAAAGAGACGACUUUUAUAAUCUUCACUUUAAUCUUAACGUGUAGGUAUGUAACUAAAGAUGCAGAAGCUUACCCUGAGUUCUGGAAAUCCGCCAAUUAUCCCUCGUUUCUUGAUGUUCAAGAGAAGAAUCCUCAGUUCACUUCGAGGCUUCCAGCAGAUUUUGCAAACAAAGUUGCUCUACUACUGGCCGGAGAGCUACCAUGGCAAGACAAAGAACCUUACGGUAAUGGAUUUGUACAGAGAAAACGACAGAUCCGGUACAAUCAGUGUUACUUCAAUCCAAUUUCUUGCUUUCGAAAACGUAAAUGAGCUUUUAUUACCAACAAAGCCCAGGCUGAAAGGUUAAAUUUAUAUCACGAAAUGAGGAAUACACUAAUAUAUGUUAUGUUAACUAAAGUAAACAGUAUCAUGUUGUUGAAAAUGUUUGUAAAACCAAUUAUUUCAGUUUACACUUCAGAGAGUCUAUUGACUUAAUAUUACAAUAUUGUUGUAAGUGUAUAAUAACACAUAGUGCAAUGGAUAUUAAAUUAAAGUAUGUUUAAGAUAGCGUUUUAAAAAUAUAUAUAUUAUAAGAAUAAACUUAUCACAGUUAUGUGUUUCUCUGUAGUAGAUUAA